UUUCACCAGAGGCGAACCCCUGCACUUAGUGAGAUAUAUAUACCCUGAGCGUUGCUCCUUCCAUUCGUCCGAUAUAGCAGAGCAAGUCAACAGUUCUGAAAGAGAACUCCCAUCCCUCCAACGACAUUUCAUACUACCUUUAUCACUCCUACCCAGUCCGUUAGAGAGCAAGCAAGGAAAUUCACUGCCUCAUCAACAAUAUCAGCUAGCCAAGCUUUGUCCAGAAAGAAGAUUCUAAAGCAUUAACAAUGGAGGGGGUUUCAGAAAUACCAGUCAUUUUUUUGGUCAACAAGGUCGGCCAAGAAGACUACGGUGAGGUUUAUUCAACAACAAAAAAAGAAGUAGCUAUCUUGGACAAGACCCCAGGGGACGCAAAGUUUGAUACUUACUCCUACAUAUAUACAAGUAUCUACUCAUUGGUACAGACGCUUUCCAGCCUCGGGUUGAAUAAAAGCCUUUGGAUCCACGUUACAAACUCUGCCCCUGGUUGCCGAGUGUUACGGAAAGAGUUUAGGACGCGCAUAUAGUAACACCUACUCUCCAGAUGAACCGGCUAUAUGUAACACCAUCGAGUUAGAGCCCAUCACUCCGUUUCCACGAAAUAUGAGAGAUGGGCUCAAUACAGCGCUUGGCCGACCAGCGCAAAGCACUGACCCAUCUCAACCUUGCCUAAUCCGACUGUCCGCCGGCGAUGGGAACUAUCGCUGUUGAUGACUGUUCGGUAUUUAUGGAUGACGUACCAGAGGAUUUCAGAAUAUCUCGGGGACACAUAGAAUGGUGUGCGAAGGCCAUGGGGGCAAUUCUUGCUGGUAUGCAUUGGCUGGGUUGUUUAGAUGGCCGUGGCUUUGAGUUUGCCCUUGCACCGGCCAAUGUUGACCACCCUUCCGAAUUUGAGACCGAUUUUGGGAAAUUAAUUUUGUGGAUGUUGGACUUUGAACAGAUCGGACGUAUCAACCCGUUGGGUUUGAAUGGAAUGGAAGAAGCAGCUACAGUGUUCUACGAAGAGAUACCAUCCUGUCCCGACCCGGAUACUUCUCCUUACCUGUGGAGUCAGUUCAAAAGUAGGAAUACUGAAAGGGUUCGGGGGCUUGCUGGACGGGAUUUUAUUGAGCGUGUUAGAAAAAAAUCGAAUAGAACAGGUUGUUUGCUCUUAAACCCGCCAAAGCCAGCGGGCACAUAUUGAAGGGUCUCUUUUCUUUGAAUUUCUUUCCAGUAUUCAUAUCCUGCGCUACUCUUUGGGGUUUCAAAUUAGCAUUUCCUUUCCCCCUGUCUUCAAGUUGUCGGACAUCAACUUAAUGUUUAAUGUACAAGGUCAUGUCUUUUACUGUCUGCUUUCUAGUUAGUCGCGCAUUAACAAUUGAACCCCAUCUCAUAUCUAUAAUAGCACAAUAUGCAUGUUCUUCUUAA